UAGUGAGACAGACGAGGAAAGAUUUCCAUAGUAUAUUAAGAAAAAAAUGUAAGAUGCAAAAUGGUAGUAAAGUUUUAGUAGUUGGUGAAAUAUACACAUGUAUAGGUUGUUUUUAUAUGCUUAGGAAAAAAAUGUCUGAAAAUGUACACAGCAAGCUUACCUAUUAUCAUGGGGUUAGAUGAACAGAAAGUGAAAGCAGAAAAUUCAGUCAAGGUUUUGACCUGCUCCAUUUCUGACCUGGGCCGGUUCACCCCUCCACGUUCCUGGGAGGUCACCAUACUGGUGCUGAACUUAGUGCGGACACCGGAUGGGCACCUCCCACGACAGCCCAGAACUCCUGACUCCUAGCAAUCCUCCUGCCUCAGCCUACGGAGCCACUGGCGUGUGCCACCAAGAAAGGUUUUAAGUGUUAGCGAAAACUAUCUUUUUUUUCAAAAAGACAGAUUAUUUGACAAUAGUAUAGAGCCACUACAUAUCCUGUCAGGAAAUAGAAAAAUCUGAUUUUUGGGUUUGGUAACAAGUGUCAAGGAGUAAUUCUUUGGGAUUCUAACACAGCAAUUAAAACCUGCCAAACUUCGUGAAGGGACAUUCAUUCCUCUCCCUCUCGGAGCCACUGUCGUGUUUCCAGAGUAACAACGUGGGAUCUUUGAAAAGUCAAGGGUCACAGUCUGAUUCCCGAAUACGCCCCACGGCCCCCGCGGAGGUGGCGGGUCCCCAGGCUACCCUGGGAGCCCCUCGGCAGUUUCAGUCCGGCUUCUGGGGCUCUGGGUUUUACCCAGACUUUAGGGAUAAGGAAGGAAGGCGCUGAAAUCCGCAAGAGAAGGCCGGAUGGGGGAAGAGACACGUGGAAGGAGGCUUUUUAGGUGCUGGCACCCAGGGAGAGCUGCCCCGGGGUCGGGCAGGCGUCCCGCCAGGGUUCCCCAGUGCACUUUGGCGAGUGAGGCGGCAGCUAAAGAACGAAGCGGGUGGCUGCUCCUGGCGUGGGAGGUGGCUCUACGUUGUUUUAUUGUUGGUAGCUAGACGCUGGUAGGACACACCCCUUAUCUCCAAAUGGGAACUCCUGGCCCCAGGAUUUUCGUCCCAAAGAUGGAAUGAUCGCUUCUCUGUGGAUUCUCUAAACUACCUUAAGGAGAGGUCGCAUUAGGAUAAAGGCUGCUGGGGCCCGACGAGAACGCGAGACCACGCCGGCUCCAGGACAGGAGCGGAAGCAAGCACCAAAAGGAAAAGCGAUCGCGAUGGGUUUAGGAAAGUCGAUCUGGCGUGUUAAACGGCGUUUCCGGAGAAAUCUGAAAGCUAUGGGUUUAUAGCAGAAGUCCAGCAAACAGCUGUCGGGGCUCUGUAAUCUCCCGAGGGAUCAAAACGGAUACAAUGGGUAUCUUUCUCCAACAAAACUCCGUAAGGGCCGCAAGUCUAGCGGUUGGCAGGCCCGCGCGGCCUCUCAGCCGCCUCUAAAACCCGGUGGAGGCAGGCGCUAGCCGGCCGGGAGUGGCCGGCGAGGGCUCCGGCCAGCCUGCGCACCGGGCAUGCGCAAGGGGUGGACCGCCAGGUCGGCUUAGGGAGCCGUGACGAGUCCGGAAGCGCUUGCGCGCGCCCCUCCGCUGGAACUAGUUUUGUUCUGUGUCCUCUGGACUGGAACCCUUUGGAGAGAACCCCCGGCAGGACGAACCCCAUACCCGCCAGCGCCGCGGCAAUGUCCAGCAACAGUUUCGCUUAUAAUGAGCAGUCCGGAGGAGGAGAGGCGACGGAGCUGGGUCAGGAGGCGACCUCAACUAUUUCCCCCUCCGGCGCCUUCGGCCUCUUUAGCAGCGAUUUGAAGAAGAAUGAAGAUCUAAAACAAAUGUUGGAGAGCAACAAAGAUUCUGCUAAAUUGGAUGCUAUGAAGCGAAUUGUUGGGAUGAUUGCAAAAGGGAAAAAUGCCUCUGAACUGUUUCCUGCUGUUGUGAAGAACGUGGCCAGUAAAAAUAUUGAGAUCAAGAAGUUGGUAUAUGUUUACCUGGUUCGAUAUGCUGAAGAACAGCAGGAUCUGGCCCUCUUGUCCAUAAGUACUUUUCAGCGAGCUCUGAAGGACCCAAACCAACUAAUUCGUGCAAGUGCUUUGAGAGUUCUGUCAAGUAUUAGAGUGCCCAUUAUUGUACCUAUCAUGAUGCUCGCUAUUAAGGAAGCGUCUGCUGACUUAUCACCGUACGUUAGGAAGAACGCAGCUCAUGCAAUACAAAAGUUGUACAGUCUUGAUCCAGAUCAGAAGGAAAUGUUAAUUGAAGUAAUUGAAAAACUUCUGAAAGAUAAAAGCACACUCGUAGCUGGCAGUGUUGUGAUGGCUUUCGAAGAAGUAUGCCCAGAUAGAAUAGAUCUGAUUCACAAGAACUACCGCAAGCUAUGUAACUUGCUAGUCGAUGUUGAAGAGUGGGGGCAGGUUGUCAUAAUCCACAUGCUAACUCGAUAUGCUCGGACACAGUUUGUCAGCCCAUGGAAAGAGGGUGAUGGUCUAGAAGACAAUGAAAAGAAUUUCUAUGAAUCGGACGAUGAGCAGAAGGAAAAGGCUGACAAAAGGAAGACCUACACUAUGGAUCCUGACCACAGACUCCUGAUUCGAAACACAAAGCCUUUGCUUCAGAGCAGGAACGCAGCGGUGGUUAUGGCAGUUGCUCAGCUGUACUGGCACAUAGCUCCAAAAUCGGAGACUGGCAUCAUUUCUAAAUCACUAGUGCGUUUACUUCGCAGCAAUAGGGAGGUGCAGUAUAUUGUCCUACAAAAUAUAGCAACUAUGUCAAUUCAAAGAAAGGGCAUGUUUGAACCUUAUCUGAAGAGUUUCUAUGUUAGGUCAACUGAUCCAACUAUGAUCAAGACACUAAAGCUUGAAAUUUUGACAAAUCUGGCAAAUGAAGCUAACAUAUCGACUCUCCUUCGAGAAUUUCAGACCUAUGUGAAAAGCCAAGAUAAGCAAUUUGCAGCAGCUACUAUUCAGACUAUAGGCAGAUGUGCAACCAACAUCUCAGAAGUCACGGAUACAUGCCUCAAUGGCCUGGUCUGUCUGUUGUCCAACAGAGACGAAAUAGUUGUUGCUGAAAGUGUGGUUGUUAUAAAGAAAUUACUUCAAAUGCAACCUGCACAACAUGGUGAAAUUAUUAAACACAUGGCCAAACUCUUGGACAGUAUCACUGUUCCUGUGGCUAGAGCAAGUAUUCUUUGGCUAAUUGGAGAGAACUGUGAACGAGUUCCUAAAAUUGCCCCUGAUGUUUUAAGGAAGAUGGCUAAAAGCUUCACUAGUGAAGACGAUCUAGUAAAACUGCAGAUUUUAAAUCUGGGAGCAAAGUUAUAUUUGACCAACUCCAAACAGACAAAAUUGCUUACCCAGUACAUAUUAAAUCUCGGCAAGUAUGAUCAAAACUACGACAUCAGAGACCGUACAAGAUUUAUUAGGCAGCUUAUUGUUCCGAAUGAAAAGAGUGGAGCUUUAAGUAAAUACGCCAAAAAAAUAUUCCUAGCACAAAAACCUGCACCAUUGCUUGAAUCUCCUUUUAAAGAUAGAGAUCAUUUCCAGCUUGGCACCUUAUCUCAUACACUCAACAUUAAAGCUACUGGGUACCUGGAAUUAUCUAAUUGGCCAGAGGUGGCGCCCGACCCAUCAGUUCGAAAUGUAGAAGUAAUAGAGUUGGCAAAAGAAUGGACCUCAGCAGGAAAAGCAAAGAAAGAGAAUUCUGUUAAGAAAUUUUAUUCUGAAUCUGAGGAAGAAGAAGACUCUUCUGAUAGCAGUGACAGUGAGAGUGAAUCUGGAAGUGAAAGUGGAGAACCAGGAGAAAGUGGGGAGGACAGAGACAGCAGUGAGGACAGUAGUGAAGACUCCUCCAGUGGGCAGGACAGUGGGAGUGGAAGUGAGUCAGGAGUGCAGAGAAAAAGAGCAGCCAAGAAGAACUCGAAACCCAAAGGAAAAAGUGAUUGUGAAGAUGGGGAGAAGGAAAAUGAAAAAUCUAAAACAUCUGAGUCUUCCGAUGCUGAGUCUAGUUCAGUAGAAGAAAGUUCUUCAGAUUCUGAAUCUGAGUCAGACUCUGAAAGUGAAGCUGAAUCCAGAAGAGUUGCUAAGGAGAAAGAAAAAAAAACAAAGCAAGAUAGAAAUCCUCUUACCAAAGAUGUUUCACUUCUAGAUCUGGAUGACUUUAAUCCAGUGUCCACCCCAGUUGCACUUCCCACACCAGCUCUCUCUCCGAGCCUGAUAGCUGAUCUGGAGGGUUUAAACUUGUCAACUUCAUCGGUCAUCAGUGUCACUGUUCCUGUCUUUGUACCAAUGAAAACUCAUGUGUUGCUUCAUCGAAUGAGUGGAAAAGGACUAGCUGCCAAUUAUUACUUUCCAAGACAGCCUUGCAUUUUUGGUGAUAAGAUGGUCUCUGUACAAAUAACGUUGAAUAAUACUACUGAUCAAAAAAUAGAAAAUAUCCACAUAGGGGAAAAAAAACUUCCCAUGGGCAUGCAAAUGCAUGUUUUUAAUCCAAUAGACUCUCUUGAGCCUGAGGGAUCCAUUACUGUUUCAAUGGGUAUUGACUUUUGUGAUUCUACUCAGACUGCCAGUUUCCAGUUGUGUACAAAGGAUGAUUGCUUCAACGUUAAUAUUCAGCCACCUGUUGGAGAACUGCUUUUACCUGUGGCCAUGUCAGAGAAAGAUUUCAAGAAGGAGCAAGGAAUGCUAACAGGAAUGAAUGAAACUUCUGCGGUAAUUGUUGCUGCACCCCAGAAUUUCACUCCCUCUGUGAUCCUUCAGAAGGUUGUAAACGUAGCCAACGUCGGCACAGUCCCUUCUGGCCAGGACAAUAUACAGAGGUUUGCAGCUAAGACUGUGCACAGUGGGUCACUGAUGCUAGUGACAGUGGAACUGAAGGAAGGCUCGACAGCCCAGCUUAUCAUAAACACUGAGAAAACCGUGAUUGGUUCUGUUCUGCUGCGGGAACUGAAGCCUGUCCUGUCCCAGGGGUAACCUGCUUGCAUCUGGACUUCAGAAUCUGGCACAUAACGCAAGUGCCUGGCAUCCAGUGCCGCUGCCUUCCAUUUAUAAUAAUAGCCCUUCCAUCUGGCAGUGGGGGGAGAAUACACUCUUGACAUUCUUGCCUCCUGCUUCAGAAUGCUAGUGUGUAUCUGUCAUGUACACAAUACUUCCCCCUCCUCGCUUUGCUAACCAAAGAACAUCUACUUCACUGUCAGUUGUCUCGACUCUGGAACCCACGUGGCAUUUUCCGUGUCCUGCUCUUCUUUUGGCCUCCUUGUCCUCUCCCCUCUUUCCGUGAUGAUGGACACGAUUCAGGUGUUUAAAGUUCAUUAGAAAUCAUCUUCCCUUCCACAAUAAGCAAAAAUUAGCAAAGAAAUAGUCUAAAUGGCCCCUCAGCUUGGCAUGGGAAAAUGAGAUAGGAUCCUUUUCAGAAAAAAAAAGCCACAAAAACAUGAUCUCCGCAAAAUAUUUUUCUUUGAAUUUCCUGGUCUUGUAAUUGAUAAUUGACGACUGUCAUCAUGAAGUUAUCUCUGAAUAAUAGGACAAAUAAACUAGCAUCUGAAU